AUGCAGCGUGGACGCGUCGGCGUGAACCCGGCCGCCGGCAAGUUCGCCAUGUUUCCACCGCCGCCGCCGCGCUUCAAGUUCAACCACAUGUUUCCCGUGCAGGUGGUGCAGCCCCCGCCGUUUGCCUACCACGCGGUUCCCCUGCCGCCGGUACAGCCGCAGCUGGCGGUCCAGGUGCGCCCUGUGUGGGCGGGGAACUUCAAUGAAGAGUGGGGGUACCUCCAGAGCUUCGCCGCGCCCGCCCGCUAUGUCGCUGUCCACGUGCACUACCCGGGCCUCGUCCACGCCGCCGGACAGGACCUCAGCAGCCUGACGGUGGAGCACCGCUACGCGCUCAUGAAGGCCAACGUGGACGGCCUCAAGCCGCUCCAGGUCGGCAUCGCCGUCUGCGACCACCAAGGCCAGCAGGUCGCCUGGGAGUUCAGCCUCCGCGACUUUUCCCGCCUCGCCGACCCGCACGACGACAAGGCCCUCGACUACCUCGCCCGCCGCGGCCUCGACCUCGACACGCUCCGUAACCACGGCGUCGACGCCUACAUGCUCGGCGCGCUGCUCAUGGGCUCCGGCCUCAUCGGCGCCGGACACGGGCGGCCGCUGUCGUGGAUCACCCACGCCGGUGCCUACCACGUGGCGUAUCUCCUCAAGAUCGUCACGGGCGGCGCCCCGCUGCCGCACGACGUGGCCGGGUUCGUCGGCGCCAUGCGGUAUUACCUGGGCCAGCAGGUCUACGACGUUGCGACGAUGGCGGCCGGCUGCCCGGGCAUGCCGGUGGGGCUGGACAGCAUCGCCGCUAACCUGCGCAUCCAUCCGCCGUGGGGGAGCCCACGCCUCGCAGGCGCCGCCGGCGUGCGCGCGCUUCUGGCCUUCAGGAUUUUGAAGCAAGGGCAGUUGGGCGGCAACGUGGAGAGGUUCCGAGGCCUGCUCCAGGGACUGCAGCAUUAG